CCUAUUUGCAAAACUUCCUGGUUUUGCACUGUACUUUCUGUCUGGUACUACGAUUUUUAAACUCCACCUUUUACUUGCGCCUUCCACCAAACAACAGAUGGCAGGAAACGGCAACCACGCCCAACGCGUCAAGACGGAAUGUUCUUUACGCUCAUAUUUUACCUUUGAGCAUCAAGGAAGCAAUUCAUGUCAAUCAAUCUUAUCCAAGACAGUUGAUGGCUGAACUCCGGUUUAAUUAAGAUGUCUUCUGUAGGAAUAUUCUAGACAAUGCGAGUUGAAAUGGAAAGCAAAGCACGCCAGACUCGACGGACCAUGAAUGCACCACCAAAAUUGAGGAUUGUAUUGCUGGGGGACAAUAAGCUGGACAAUGCUCAAAUGGGAAACCUCAUUCUUGGGAGAGAUGCUUUGCAAACGGAAGGUCUUGAAGACUCUCUGGAAGAAGCCAGUGAGCGAGUCAGAGGUCAGGUUGGUGACCGAGUCGUCACCAUCAUCAACCCUCCUGACCUGUUUCAUUCAAAUGACAUACAGCUCACAGCUAGAGCAAAAGAGUGCAUGGACCUGUCUGCUCCGGGGCCUCAUGCCUUCGUCCUUGUGCUGCAGCCAGAGAACUUCUUAGAGGAAAACAGAGACCAGGUGGAAUCCAUACUGCGUGAGCUUAACAAGGAUGCCCUGAAGUACACCAUUCUGCUUCCCACUGUCCGAAGUGCACAAUGCAACCCUGAUUUUUUCCUUGCUGAAAGAGAUGAUUCUUUUGGUCAGAUGUUAAGAGAUUGUGAGAUGAGACUUUACACAUUUCACCAGAGUUCGGUGGUCAAUCUCUUUGAGAUUGUUGACCGUAUGAUAGAGAAAAAUGGGGGCUGUUAUCUGAGGACAGACGUUCCACCAGGGACCUUACUUCAGGCAGGAAUCAAACACAGCCAGAAAAGAAAGAGAGUAGAAGACGACGCAGAGAUCAUACAGCAAGGACAAGGAGUUAUGGUACAGGUUCAAAGUAAACUUCAGAAGAAACUCAAGGACCAUGGCAGCACAACACUUACUGACUAUAUUAGUGCCAGUAUCUCAGACUUGCAAAAGAUACCAACACAGAAAACUACCGUUGGAGUGUUUGGUCCAACAGGUUGUGGGAAAAGCUCCCUGCUAAAUGCCAUCCUGGGAGAGCCUGACCUGCUACCAACAGGGUCAGUGGAAGCCUGUACAUCAGUAAUCAUACAGGUGGAAGCCAAGACUGAGGAAAACGACUACAGAGCGACUAUUGAUUUCAUCUCAGAAGAGGAAUGGCGCAAAGAGCUGAAAAGCCUGCUUAGUUAUCUGGAAGAGCCCAAGGAGGAGAGGAAUGAAAACAUUUGCAAGAUGGCAGAAGGAAAGAUUAAAGCAUUGUGUGGCCAGAAUGCAAGUAGAAAAAGCUAUAAUGAGCUUCUGAGAUACAAUGAUUGUAAAAUUAUCAACCUUCUGAGAUCGGGUAACAAAUCUUUCUCAAAUUCUCAGGCCCGGGCUCUCUGUAAAGAAAUCAGACCCUACAUUAGGCAUUGUGAGGAUGACUUUGGGAAACUCUACUGGCCAAUUGUAAAAUCUGUAAACAUUGAAGUUCCCAGAAAUAAAGAACUUCCGGAGAACAUUGUGCUUGUUGACCUUCCUGGAAAUGGAGAUUACAAUCAGACAAGAGAUGAGAUGUGGAAAGAGAUGCUGAAGGAGUGUACAGCUGUGUGGAUAGUGAGUGAUAUCAAUCGGGCCGUAUCUGACAAAGCUGCCUGGGAGAUUCUCGACACCAAUAUGACAGACAUGGAGCAGGGAGGAGAAUGCAUCAGCAUUGCAUUCAUCUGCACUAAAAGUGAUAAAAUGGAGGCACAGUCUUAUAUGAGAUCAGAGGACCUGACAGAUGAAGAUCUCAAAGUCAGCAAUAAAUCUGAGAGAAUACGGGAGUGUAUUCUACACAGGAAUAACAAGGCCAAGGAUCGAGUGGGGAGAAAGGCAUGUGAGAAUUAUAACAUCCAACCAAGAGUGUUUACUGUGAGUUCACAUGAGUUUUUGUCAAAAGAAUAUCUGGAACAAAAAGACACAGAGAUACCAUGCCUGAGAGAGGGACUGAAGACCUUUUACGACAGUUACACCAGAAAGAUGGCCUCACAGUUUUUGUCAAGUGCCAUUGGGAUCCUGCACCUCUUUCAAGCCUCCCGAGAAAUGAAUGUAGAUAGGUCCAAACUGCGCACCGAGCUAUCAAAGAACCUGGAGGCUGAAUUGCUGUGUUUGAGAAUGGAUCGGUUAAGUCCAUGCCUGUAUCAGCUGGAGGAAUGCAUCUCAGAGGGAGUUCGGAAGGCAGCAGAAAAAUGUGUUGCCAUAGCACACCAUCAAGUGAAAAUACCUGAUGGAAAGAAUGGACGUGGUUUCCACCAGACUCUGUCAGCCUUGUGCAGGAACAAAGGCUAUAUCAGGUCAAAUGAUGGAGAAACAAGAGACGUUAACAAGGCUUUGGCUGCAGUUAUGCGAAACAGCAUCAAGGAGGAGUUCAACACCUUAUUCUUAAAUAAGGGGAAAACCGGGCAGUCUGUACAGGAGAAGAUCAAUGAAUUCAGCAUCUGCUCCAUCAACGUAAGAGAUGGCUACAGCAAGCCAGAAGCAAUGGAUCACAUUCUGCACUUUAUUGAAAAGGAGGAAACCAAGCUGAAGGAGAGGGCGCGUGGAUUAAUUUUGAAGACAAAGAAAGAUAUGUACGCAUCAAUCGAAAAUACCAUUAAAAAAGAGAUGAUUCCUGCCUAUGAAGAGGCUCAUGCAAAAAUUGGAACAAGGUCUAUGAUAACGAAGACAAAAGUGCUGCUGGAAUAUGUAGAGAAGAAAAAGGAAACUAUGUUCAACAAGGCAAAGACAGAGAUGUUGUCCUUGUUCAAACAAUUCAUGGACCAGAUAGAGUCAGAUUUCAGAAAUACACUGCAGAAAGCCAUGGCAAAUGCAUUAUCUGAAUCACUCUCCACUUUCAGCAUGGAUGUCAGCAGUGAAAUUAAGAAGAUGGAGGAAUUAUACUCUCAAUUGUCUGCAGCAGGGGACUCCAGACCUUGUGUAAGACUGAGGACAAUCUAAAUGAUGAUCCACUGAGUGUGGUACUAAAUGCAUUUGUCAUGGCGUACACUUGUUGCAGAUGUACAUGAGGGAUUGCAAAGCCAAACUUGUAUUGGUGUGGUGUGAAGGGCCAUGUAAUAGAUAUUUUACAUUUAUGGUUAUUUGUUUGGGUGAAUGUGAUGAUUUGCUGAAAAUUGAUUUUUAAGGGGAGGUGGUUAGUUAAUCUGCCUAAGUGGGGAAUCUUACUCUUAAAAUGCAUUUUACCUCUGUUGCUAUUUUAGGGGAAGUCAUGCCAGGUAGGGGCAUCGUGAUAACAGACAUACUGAAAACCAUGAUAAAUGUGCUUUUUUUACUUUGUUUUGCUAAAUAAAUGUUUGUUACACAUUUUUACUGUAG